UUCAGAAGAAGAAGAAUCAGAAGAAGAAUCCUCACAGUGCGUCAUGUACGCAGACGCUAGCACAGCGGCGCUAAUGUUUACAAGCUAAUUCUGUUGCGAGAUCUUCCCCGUUUAUCGAAACAAUUCAAUAUGGGGAAGAGAGAUAAUCGAGUGGCUUAUGUCAACCCGAUAGCUGCCGCAAGAGCCAGAGGACCCGUCCAGUCAUCUGGACCUACCAUUCAAGAUUAUCUGAGUCGGCCGCGGCCAACAUGGGAAGAGGUGAAAGAGCAACUGGAAAAGAAGAGGAAGGGCUCCAAAGCCCUGGCUGAUUUUGAGGACAAAAUGAAUGAGAGAUGGAGAAAGGAGCUGGCAAAAAAUAGAGAAAAGCUAUUGGGUGGAGGUGACAAGGAGAAGGAAAAAAAGGCAAUGGAUAAAGACAAAAAGAUAAUUGAUAAGGAAAAAGAGAAGGAGGAGAAGAAAGAGAAAAAAGAGAAGAAGAAGAAGGAUAAGAAGAAAUCCAAUCGGCAUUCUUCAUCUUCCUCCUCUUCAUCGAGUUCUGAUUCCUCCAGCAGCUCUUCCUCAGAAUCUGAAGACGAGGAUGAAAAGAAGAGUUUGAAAAAGAAGCGGAAAAGGAAGAAGUCCUCAGCCAGAAAAGCAUCAGAUGGUUCAGCUGUAGAGUCAGACGCUGAGAGCAAGAAGAAGAAAAGAAUAAAGGAGGAAGGGGACAAAGACAAGGAAGAAAAGAGCCGUCGAAGGAAGAGGAAGGCUGAGCGAAGUCAUAAAGAGUCCUCAGACUCAUCUGCUGACUCUGAUGGAGAGGAGAGUGUUGAAGCCAAGAAGAAAAAGAGAAGUAGUGAGGAGAAAGAAAGAAUUACAGAAAAGUCCAAGAAGAAGAGGAAAAGGAAACAUAAGAAGCAUGGGAGGAAGAAGAAGAAGAAGACAGCAUCUCACUCAGGCUCAGAGUACGACUAGGAUGUGUUGCUUUUAGAUCCUCACAUCCUCUAUCUGACAAUUUGCUCAUAGAUUUGUGUUUUGUUAUUUUUGGCCUGGAACCUUUAAAAACGUCUCCCAUUCAACGUUGGACAUCCCACCUGGGGAAGGAAGCUAUAUUUUUUUCUUUAAUGCUGGUUUCUUUCAGUGAUUGAAAACUUUGAUUUGGCAGGUUAAAAAGAACCUUAACUUAAAGGAUAUUUCUCCUACAUGGCAACUAUACAGCUUUUGUUUAUUUUACUACCAUAUUUUUUAUUUUUAUGCUCUUUUUCCUAGCUGAUAUUAAAAAAUUUGAAUUCCAUAUCUGCCAGAGGCCGUUAUGUGACCCGUCACAAGGAUUCAAGUGGCUUAGCGAAGGCAAAUGGCCAAUUGUUUGGACUAGGCUUGAGAUUUUUCCACUUUUGAAAUCCUUAUGUGUAUAAGUGGAAAAGGCCGUGGGCCCCAGUGUACAUUUGUGAUUCAUCAAGAGCCUGGUUUUCCUCUCGCAGUUACAAGUUAUAUUGUGAAGGGGUCCUAUUUUAGCAGCACUAAUUUUGAUUUUAUCUAUGCUGGCUCUCCAAGUUCCAGUGUUUUACACCUGGACAUCUUGUAUUUAUAAUUCUGAAGUCACUUGACAGUGAGGCUGUUAUGCUAGUGCCUGUGUCAUGCAUGUAUACCCAGUGACCUCUCUUUGUCUUGCCAGCCUCAUAUUGAAGUUGGACUUGUGAUAGAAAUGUCAGUUAUGGUCAACAUUUAUACAAGGGAAACUGUUCCACUAAAAGAUGAGUUGACUUCCACAGAAUAAAGUAUUCUUGUUUUAGUCUCGACCUCAGGUAUUUAUUUUUAACUUCAAUCAUGCAUUUGGAGGA